GAGAGAAAAGGGUCCUCAGAGAGAUCUGUGUGGAUGAUCAGGUCUGACUGUGUUCAGUCUGGAUCUGCUCUGAGGGAGUGUGCAUCAUCAGAUUCCUCUUCCUCCAUCCUGAAUCUCACCUCUCCAGACUCUGUCAGGCUGGUGAAUGGCACCAGUCUGUGCUCAGGCAGACUGGAGGUGAAGACUAACCAGUCUACCCAGCGCUGGUCCUCAGUGUGUGAACAUGACUUUGACCAGCAGGAUGCAGAGGUGGUCUGUAGGGAGCUUGGCUGUGGGCCUCCUUCAGUCCUCCAGGGGGCGCUCUAUGGAGAAGUGGAGCCUCCAAUGAGGACCAAAGAGUUCCAGUGUGGAGGCCAUGAGUCUGCUCUCCUGGACUGUAGAAGCUCAGUCUCAGAUAGAAACACCUGCUCACCUGGAAAAGCUGUUGGACUCACCUGCUCAGAGCCUGUCAGGUUGGUGGGAGGAGACAGUCGCUGUGCUGGAACACUGGAGCUUAAACAGGGAGAAUGGAGACCAGUGAGUUACACUACAGUAGAUUAUUACUCUGACUGGAGCCUGAAGAAAGCAGCUGCUGCCUGCAGAGAGUUGGACUGCGGCUCUGCUGUUUCUGUAGGAGGGAGAAAGUCCUCAGACAGAUCUGUGUGGAGGAUCGGGUCUGACUGUGUUGAGUCUGGAUCUGCUCUGAGGGAGUGUGCAGCAUCAUCUUCCUCUUCCUACAUCCUGAAUCUCAGCUGCUCAGGCUCUGUCAGGCUGGUGAAUAGGACCAGUCUGUGCUCAGGCAGACUGGAGGUGAAGACUAACCAGUCUACCCAGCGCUGGUCCUCAGUGUGUGAACAUGACUUUGACCAGCAGGAUGCAGAGGUGGUCUGUAGGGAGCUUGGCUGUGGGGCUCCUUCAGUCCUCCAGGGGGCGUUCUAUGGAGAAGUGGACCCUCCAAUGAGGACCAAAGAGUUCCAGUGUGGAGGCCAUGAGUCUGCUCUCCUGGACUGUAGAAGCUCAGGCUCAGAUAGAAACACCUGCUCACCUGGAAAAGCUGUUGGACUCACCUGCUCAGAGCCUGUCAGGUUGGUGGGAGGAGCCAGUCGCUGUGCAGGAACACUGCAGGUGAAACAUCAGAGAGAAUGGAGACCAGUGGGUGGCUAUUAUGACUGGCCCCUGAAGCAGACACCUGAGAUAGCAGCUGCUGCCUGCAGAGAGUUGGACUGUGGCUCUGCUGUUUCUGUAAAAGAGAGAGAGUCCUCAGUCAGAUCUGUGUGGUGGAUCAGGUCUAACUGUGUUCAGUCUGGAUCUGCUCUGAGGGAGUGUGCAGCAUCACUUUACUCUGCCUACAUCCUGGAUCUCACCUGCUCAUACCUGCUGCUUCAGCCCAACAUCUCUGUGUCCUCCUCCAUGGACGGGGUCUCCGAGGCCCAGCAGCAGGGGUUCCAGGUGUUCAGGGGCUCCACCUUCAACAUCAGCUGCUCCAUCCAGCCACAGUACCCAGGAGGCUCCUUCCAGCUCACCUUCACCUCCUCCAAUUCAACACACAACUCCACCCAACCAGCUGUCAAUCACUCUGCACACUUCCUGUUUCCUGCUGCAGAGCCCGCCCACCAAGGAACAUACAGCUGUGUUUAUCAUCUCUAUGUUUUUUCUCAGAACUUCUCCUCUGAGAGCUGUCUGCUCUCUCUCACCGUCUCAGAUCCAUCAGAUCCAUCAUCAGUUCCAUCUACUCGAAGGCCUUUUAUCAUCGGAAUGGGCGUCUUUUGUCUGACUCUGCUGUUGGUGAUCACUGCCCUUUACUUCUACUGUAAGGCCAGCAGGGGGCAGAAGCCAGACAGACAGAAGAACAUUGAGCUGCUUUCUUAUAAGCAGCUUGUUUCUGCAGCUGAAGAAGAGCUGACUGAAGAGGAAGGAAUGGAGAGAGCAGAGUAGCAGCUCCAAGGAGCUCAUCUACAUGUAGUGGAGUAAAAAGUACAAUAUUUCUCUCUGAAAUGUAGCAGGGUAGAAAUAGAAAGUGGCAUGAAAAGAAAAGACUCAAGUAAAGUACAAGAACCUAAGAAAUUAAACUUUAAAGCAGGAAUACCAAAAUCCAAGCAGCCAGCACAAUACAAACCGGCCAAAGACACACCGACCCAGGCUGAUCGGGAACGAUGCUGGACAAUUAAUGUUAAAUAUUAAAUUAAAAUAAACAUUGACAUAUAUACUCUGCUUUCUGUAUUAUAAUACUCAGUGUGCAAAUUAAAUUUGGUGACAAUUAAACAAUUGAAUAACUCCUACGGCCACUAGAGGGCACCGUCACUAUAAACAUAAACAUAGGUCAGAAUGAUGCUGGAACAAACAACUUAUGUGGCUGUUUUUUAGGAAAGGAGUCUCAUGUUAAAAAUCAGAGGUAGUUUUUACAGCAAUUUUGUGCUUAUUUCCUAAGAAUUUAGCUUAUUUUUUGUUUUUUUCUGUACUUCAGCAAUUCAAGCAUUCACUUAAUUUUGUAACAAAGUUUUAUUAUAUUUCUGUAAUUAACAAUUUUAUUACUUUUGCACUUAAAGGAUUUUAAUUGAAAUACUCUCAUAAUGAAACAAAACAAUGUGAAUAAAUAUGAACACAUGAAUUGUAGCAGGAGCCUUCAGAGAUCAUAAAGAUGAAAACAUGAUUAAUAAUUAGAGGUUUAUUCUACGUGGAGAGGACGUCUGAUCACAGCCAGUUAAAGGCAAUAUUACAACAUUUUUAUAUAAAAAACUAAACACAGAGAAAUGUAGUACUAGUACUACUUUAACUUUAAGUACUUUCAGAUGUUUGCUGGAGGUUAAUUAAGAUCUGAUCUGAUCUGUAAUAAAUGUUUCUUUAUUACCUGUUUAGAGGAAAUAAAACCUCUUUAAUAAACUGUGAAACUGUGAA